AUGAACGAUCACGACUUGUUGGUGGCCAAAAUUGUGGUUAUUGUGGUGAUGCUGCUGGUCACAUUAAUCUUCUGCUUCUUGCCCUAUGUGCUAGACCGUUGGUUCAAGUGGACCAGACGGGCGAAGAGCAAUGCCCGCGAAUUCUUCGCUGUUCUCUGCCUGCUGAACUUUGGCGGCGGCGUUCUCAUUGCCACCACAUUCAUCCAUAUCCUGCCGGCUGUGGUCGGCGUUGUGGGCGCUCUGCAGAAGUGCCACAUGCUGGCAUGGACGCCAUUCGCUCUGCCCGAGAUGCUGAUGUGUACCGGCUUCUUUGUGAUGUACGCCAUCGAGGAACUGAUGUACUUUGUGGUCGGACGAAGGCAGCGACAGAAGCGGAAGGCAAAACAACUACAGCUGCAACUCAAUAAGGAACAGGCCAUAAUGCAGUGCUGUGAAAAACAAGUUCAACUUAACCAGUCGCCAGUCGAAACGGUGCAAGGCGAAACGGUGCAAGUCGAAACGGUGCAAGUGGAAACGGUGCAAGUCGAACCGGAGCAUGUCGAACUGAUGGAUGUCGAACCGGAGCAGCCCAACUGGAUGCGCGGCCUGGGCAUUAUAGUGGCCCUGUCGCUGCACGAACUGUUUGGGGGCAUGGCCAUUGGCCUGGAGGAGAGCGUGGAUACGGUUUGGUUCAUGUGUGCUGCCAUUGCAUGCCACAAACUGGUGCUGGCCUUCUGCAUUGGCAUGGAGAUAAUGAUGGCCCACACCCGUUGGCUGAUUGCCGUCAUCUAUCUGCUGGUCUUCUCGAUAGUCACACCCAUUGGCGUGGGCAUUGGCAUUGCGGUCACUGAGAAUUCCAGCGCGAAUGUGCCGAGCAUUCCGGCGGGCAUCCUGCAGGGCAUCGCCUGCGGCACACUGCUCUAUGUGGUCUACUUUGAGAUUGUGGCCAAGAAUCAUGCUGGCUGGCGCAUAUUCCUAUGCUCAUUGGGUGGUUUCCUGCUCAUGUUUGGCCUACAAAUUGCAGUUGUUGAAGCCGCUGGCAACAGCUCAUAUGUAUGUCCGAAUUGA